UGGACCAAGAGGACGUUCGUAGUUCCUUGCAAUUCUGAGGCACAAAAGUAGGUGAGACUGCUUUUGUAUCUGCGAAGUGCUUCACUCCUGAAUGUAAUUCUAGCUGAGUGCAAUCUAGGUUAAGAGCCGGACAAGCGGGUAAUUAGAGCCCGCUUGCUGCCGGAGGACCGGCCGCCCAGCCGAAGCGCGCCCGGAGUCGGCGCCCUUUUCCCGGCCGAGCCGAGCAGCGGCUGGACACGGAGCGCCCGAGAUGAUGGUGCUGGACAAGGAGGACGGUGUGCCGAUGCUCUCCGUCCAACCUAAGGGGAAGCAGAAGGGCUGUGCAGGCUGCAACCGCAAGAUCAAGGACCGAUACCUGCUGAAGGCACUGGACAAGUACUGGCAUGAGGACUGCCUCAAGUGUGCCUGCUGUGACUGUCGCCUGGGCGAGGUGGGCUCCACUCUCUACACCAAGGCCAAUCUCAUCCUGUGCCGGCGUGACUACCUGAGGCUUUUUGGCACCACAGGAAACUGUGCUGCCUGCAGCAAGCUGAUCCCAGCUUUCGAGAUGGUGAUGCGGGCCCGAGACAAUGUGUAUCACCUUGACUGCUUCGCCUGCCAGCUCUGCAAUCAGAGAUUUUGCGUGGGAGACAAAUUCUUCCUGAAGAACAACAUGAUCUUGUGCCAGAUGGACUAUGAGGAGGGGCAUCUCAAUGGCACCUUUGAAUCCCAGGUUCAGUAACGCCCAACGUCUGGCCUCCAGGUCCAUCUGUCCGUCUGCCCACCUGACCACCUGCCUGGCAAGCCGCCAGCCACUCUGCCUGCGCGGGCUGGCCAGCCACUGUCCUACAAGUUAGAACUUCAUCCUCAGUGGGAAGGUGGUUUUUCUCCACCACCUCCACUCAUUUCUUUGGGACCCUCCUGGGGCCAGGCUCGGCCUGUACAGUCUGUCUUCUGUAUAUAAAUGGGAACAUUUAUUUUAUGAGAAAUGUAAUGCGAUUUUAUUACUGGCGUGGAUUAAACUUAUGAAUGUUUCCGGGGA